AUGUCGAAGGGCAGUUUGCGGCCCAUGUAUAUCAUUUAUGAUUCCAAGAAGGUUGUUCCUAAUCUUCAGGAUGUUUGGCCGAAUCCAGACAGCACCCAACGCCUAGAGCUGCAUAUUUCCCUCUCACGGCCAAUUUUCCUCCGAGCACACCAGCGCGAGGACCUGAAGAGGGCUGUAAAAAGAAUCUCACAAGCGAACAAGGCGUUUACUCUGUCUUUCGCGGUAUUGUCGGAGCUCGUCAACGAUGAGAAAACGAGAACUUUCCUGACCAUGGAAGUGGGGGCUGGUCAUCACGAGCUGCGUUCCUUAGCAGAUUCUCUGACCCCCGCUUUACGGGCCAUUCGUCAGCAGGAAUAUUACGUGAACCCGAGGUUCCAUGCAUCGAUUGCAUGGGCUCUUCUUCAUCGUUCACAAGGAACGCCUUUCCCGCCGUCUGGGUCCUCUGACAGUAUCUGUACUCGUGCCAUCUUAGAAGAUCCUCCCGCUCCAUCGAUUGCUCCGGGUUCUGGAGCCACAACUCCUGAGGGCUUUCCAGCAAUCGAAUGCCUGCCUGCAGACAUGAUAAAGAUGCUCAACGAACGAUAUGGAGCUCAAAUAGCGUCCCCAAAAGUCGGAUCGUUCGAGGUGCAUGCCAUAACCGUCAAAAUCGGGAAAGAGGUGACCUCUUGGCAGUUGAAUUGA